UAAGAAGUUUGCAAUAGACGGGGUGUGCUGGACUGUAGUAUACGUAGCGAGUGUGUUGGCUGGCGGUGUGUUUUGUGUCACUCACUGCUCCUGCUCCUGCUGCUCCUGUUCCUGCUUUUGCUGCGUGUAUCACUUGCUACUACUGUGGAUAACUCGAUGGCGGCCAAGAUGUGCCGGUGGCCAGUGCUGGUGGGCGCGGCGGUGCUGGUUCUCGCCUCAGCUGCUGCAGGUCUGACUGGGUUCGAGAAGCUGACGGAACUGGAUUACCGUGGCUCCACCUACUACACCAUCAGGAACUUGUCAUUGUGGGAGUGCCAGGGGUGGUGUCGCGAGGAGCCUGAGUGUGCCGCCGCCUCCUUCAGUUUUGUGGUGAAUCCCUUGGCGCCAAUUCAGGAGACGCUAUGCUUGCUGCAGAACGAGACAAUGGCUUCCAAUCCCACUGCCAAGCCCAAGCGAUCCGUGUCCCUCUACUACAUGGUGAAGCUGCACAUUGACAGCGAUAAGGUGUGCAACAGACCGUGGACCUUCGAGCGUGUGCCUAACAAGGUGCUCAAGAAACACAACGAUGCUCAGAUUUUCGUGUCUUCCAAGGAGUAUUGUAUGGCGGCGUGUCUCAAUGAGCGCCGCUUUGUGUGUCGGAGCGCUGAGUACGACUACGUAACUCUGCAGUGCCAGCUGAGUCAAUACGACCGGCGCUCAGCAGUGGAAGGCCUGGAGAUGGUGGACAAAGAUGGAGUGGAUUACUUUGAGAAUCUGUGUCUAUCAGCCUCGGACUCCUGCCAGGACGAUGAGAGAGAGUUCGAACAGCCACAGUACCUCGGGGUUCCUCUCAGCAUGAUCUCUCACUACGUUGACGUCCACUACUACGUUGACAAGGAGCUGAUGGCUAACAGUGACAAGGCGUGCGAGAGGGCGUGUAUCAUCGAGAAGGAGAUCCUGUGCCGUUCAUUCCUGUACAAGGGUCCGCCCACGGGGUCCUCCUAUAACUGCCAGCUCUUCCACCUCGACCACUACACGCUUCCUGACGGGCCAUCCACCUUCCUCUCCACUGACAGACCACUCAUGGAUGACGGCCAGAGAACGGGAACUUACUAUGAAAACGUGUGUCGCAAGCCCAGGCAGGUCACAUAUCCCGGAGGAGGCGUGACUGCUGGGCUAGGCGGAGGUGUCAUUGGAGGUGGAAGUGGAGUCAUUGGUGGAGUCAGUGACGGCAACAUCGGCAGUGGAGUGAUCGGUGGUGGCAGCAACAGUGGAGUUAUCAGUGGCGGUGGAGGUGGUUUGGUCGGCGGUGGUGUGAUAGGAGGUGGCAGCACUAUUUAUACCCCAAGACCUGGUACCUUCGGCAGCUCCUCCUCCUCGUUCGGUUCCUCGCAGUCCACCCCCGGCCAAGGCUUCACGCAGUCCCCCAAUGUGAACUGCGAUCCCACCGGUGUAUGUUAUGAUGUGUCGGUGCAUUGCAAGGACACCAGGAUCGUCGUGGAUGUGGGCACUAAUGAGCCCUUCAAUGGCCGCAUCUACGCCUUGGGCCGCUCUGAGACUUGCAACAUUCAGGUCAUCAACUCAGACAAGUUCCGCCUCGACCUGUCUUUGAAUGGGCAGGACUGCAACACUCAAAGCGCGAACGGCGUGUACACCAACACAGUGGUCAUCCAGCAUCACUCCAUCGUCAUGACCAAGACUGAUAAGAUAUACAAGAUCCGCUGCACUUAUGACAUGACCUCCAAGAACAUCACCUUCGGCAUGCUCCCCAUCAGCUCAAGCGAACACGACCCCUUAUCCAACACGCUAAUAGUCCGAGACCCAGACAUGAUUCCCAUCACCUCCACCCCCGAGGCCCCGCCACCCAAGAUUCGCAUCCUGGACGCUGCCCUGCGCGAGGUGGAGACCGUCAGGAUUGGAGACAUUCUCACCUUCAGGAUUGAGAUUCCUGACACAACUCCGUACGGCAUCUUCGCCAGAAGUUGUGUCGCCAUGGCCAAGGAUUCCCGCUCCACCUUCCAAAUCAUUGACGAUGACGGAUGCCCCGUGGAGCCUUCCAUUUUCCCUGCGUUCAAGAAGGACGGCUACGCCCUCCAGUCAGUGUACGAAGCCUUCAGAUUUACUGAGUCUUACGGUGUCAUAUUCCAAUGCAACGUCAAGUACUGCCUGGGUCCGUGCGAACCGGCAAGAUGUCAGGUGGGCAAGGAGCAGAUGUUGUCCUUUGGCCGUAAGAAGAGAGGUGUGGGCAGCCCGCGCAAGGCCCGUGGCCACGCACAGGAAACCACCAAGGAAGAGGCCAUGGCCGAGGCCAAAGCCCUCACCUCUACGUCCGGUGACGAAAAUGAAAUGAGCAUCAGCCAAGAGAUUCUCGUGCUGGACUUCGGUGACGAGCAACAGGCCCAGUAUCGGGACGACCCCGCCAAGCCCAACGCCUCCACCCACCCCAACCACACCCACACAUACGACUUCGAGGGCCCAGACGUGACAUUGUUCGAGACGUGCCCCACCAGAUCGUCAGUGCUGGCCUUGGCCGUCACCUGCGCCAUCCUCCUGCUCAUCUACGUGCUCACCGUCUUCUACUUCGUCAUGAGAAAGUGGUUUCGUCCCCCUAAGAGCAUGCGAUAAUCGAUGACAGGGAAGCAGCAAGGACCAUAGUACACUCACACACAGGCGGCCUCUCAUGUCGCUUUUUAGGAAGAAUUAACGGGCAGAUCUGUUGUUGUUGUUUUUUUCGCUAAUUAAAAAGGAAUUAACGUUAUCUGCAAAAAUUUAAUCGACGGUAACUUCCAGCUUGUUUGUUACGAUGUUUUGUUGUUUUGCCCAUCGGGUUCAUAACGUGGCAUUUAGUUUUUAUCACCUGGAGCCGUGUAAGGUUUUCGCUAAGUCGCAUUUUUAGUUUAACGCAAUGCUACCAUAUUCCUUACAUCCCCCUGCUGGGUAUCACUUCACAAACCCUUCAUAUUCUUAAGUCUGAGUUCCGGUGCGCCGUUAUACUGAACACACAAGCAUUAUCGUGUUCAACGGUAGUAACUCUCAGCACCAUUCUCACCACCAGUGUCAUCCUGCGACGGUCUGAUAACUUAUCCUGGUAUACUCUCGAUCUUUUUUUUUCCCCCAUGCAAGGUAGACGCCUCCUGUCACUCGUGUUUGACUGCGGCGUUCAUUCUACCAGACAUGAGUUAGUACACCAGUGACUACCGACUGUCGCUGGUAUCCUCGUCAUUUCUUUUAUCUUUAUUUAUUAUUUUUUUACUUUAUUUAACUCGGUGGCAUUAAUAUGAAUGAUAAUUAAGUUUCCUGGGCAUUUCCGAUCAGGAGAAAGUAUCCCGUAUUAGAAUAAACUAUCCUAUGGGCAUUUUUUAAUUUGUUCUCUCUUUCGUCGUGUUGAAUACAGUGUUAUGUUGAUAGAAAAACGGCUUUGGAGGACGCUGCGUUAGAGGAGAUUGUUGAGUUAUUGUUGUUGUGCCUCUGCCGAAGUGUUCCGCCAUGCCUAGUGUCCUUCAGCACCUGUAGGAGCGCAUAAGGUGGUUGUUGGUGUGUACUUAUAUGAGGACGUGGACGUGAGAGUGUAGGAUGCACCUCCUUGCCCUUCCUGACUGUGAUCUUGCUCCUCACUCACCCUCGUUCCUGAAUCGUCUGCUGACUGUCACUCGCUUACAAAUAAUUUACUGUCACCAUAAGGGAAAGAAAGGGAGGCGUUGUCAGCAGGCAGUAGACAGCCACCUUCACACCCUGCUUUAUAGAAAUGUUUUGCGGUACGUCACAAACCUUCGUCUUAUUGUUGGUUCGUUGCCUCGGUCGCCGGUGCUUUACCCUGAUGGUGAGCACCACCUCCAGCCCCGGGUCAUCAGGUGCAAAGAUCCGGGUGGUGGUGGGCUCUCUGAGGGUUCAUAGCUACAGUGAAACCCGCACCCCGAGUGUGAAUGUAAGGUCCGUGUUCAGAAACUCUUUGCUCUCUCAUCACUAUUAUGUUCAAAGGCUAAGGAGAUUAACCGAGUUCUCUUGUGUUUCUUCAGUUUUUUAUAUAGAAUUGUUGUGUUACUGUGUCACUAAGAACAUAAAAAGACCCUUGAAGAACAACGAAACAGCGAAGCCUUUUGAAAGUAGAAGAGGUGUGGUGUAGGAGUGUUUCAAUUAUUGGUCCUUAAAGUCACUUUGCAGGGAAGGGUUGUUUUUCCCGCAUGCCAUAGGGAGCACGGCUGCUGCCACCUAACGGACCAACGACGCGGACAAAGUUACUCUGGGAUCUGAGCCUCAGCUGUCACCCAGGGCGGCGUCACCAGACCACAGCCUGACUACCCAACACGUCUCUUGGCCGGUAUUGAUAUUGCGGUAGUAAUUUAACUUUACUUUUACUCUGUGUUGCUAAGUUCCUUGUAGGAGAAUGAUCUACAAAGGUGCCAAAUUAAACUUUUGACUUUAAGAAGGAGAAGAAAAGAAAAGUCACGUGUUGUUGGUCUCGGCCUCCCUGAGUGACGUCAGCCUUCGCAUACUGAGUUUGUUCUUUCUGUAGGAGAGACUGAUUUGUAAAUAUGUCUUAAUUUAUUGUUAUUUAUACGUAGAGAGUGUAGCCGCAGAACAGCAAAUUCUUUUGUUCAAUAAACGUGUCAAAAUAUU